GGAUGUUACCGCAGAUUUCACCCCUGCAGACACCUACUUGAGCCUGAGCCGCCUCCUAGGCACGUCAGGAGACACCUCUUAAACUACGCUGACGAAAUCCAGGACAAAACUGACCGCAACCUACUGGACCGGACAGUAUUUAGACAGUCAAUAAACGACAUCCACCGGGAGACCGUUACCACCUUCAUGAACUCCCGUCCUGUUAAUGCCGUAAUCGGAGUUCAACCACCACCUAUUGCAGACGAAGAGCUCCAGCUUCCCCGUGAGACUCGUGUAACACUGGCACAACUACGUUCUGGAUACUGUUGCAAGUUUAACUCCUACUUAUCCAGAAUCGACCCUGACAUACCAAACACAUGUCCGGCAUGUUAAGGUACCCCGCACGACACUAACCACCUCUUCACAUGCCCCCUCAAACCGACUCAUCUAACCCCCCUCUCCCUCUGGACCCAACCUGUCGAAACAGCAUGUUUCCUGGGCCUAUCCCUAGAUGAGCUAGAUGAAGACGACCGAUGAUAUGCCUACACAGAUAGGGCUACCUAUGCUGUUAAAACAACAACAACAUCAUUCACGGUCACGAUCACGAAGUGGCAACAACCAGAAUGCACGUUCAAGCUCCGGCGACAACGGUAAUACCAAACCGUUUUUCCGAUACCACUACAAGUUCGGUGGCGCAGCACUCAAAUGUGUUCCCCCGUGCAAAUGUAAUGAUAGAAGACCGGAAAACUUAAAGCCGCUUCCUUAGGGACGACAGACGAAGCGGAAGUCAUGACCUGUCGUCGAUUAUUCAUUACGGACAAAAACACCUGCAGGAAUUUUCUCAUUGACACCGGCUCCGAUAUCUCAAUUCUACCGCGUAUUUUCGGUAACAAAUCGGCCGGCCCGUCCUCAUAUCGUUUAUUUGCCGCAAACGGCACUCCCAUUUAGACUUUCGGCAAACAUCAGCUUAGCCUGAACAUUGGCCUCAGGCGCAAUUUCACGUGGCCAUUCAUAAUUGCCGAGGUAGAUAAGCCAAUCAUCGGCAUAGAUUUUUUAAAUUACUACGGUCUCAUUACUGAUGUCAAAAAGCGCAAAAUUAUUGACGAAAAAACCGAACUGGUGGUUAAAUGCAAUUCCAUUAUGACUCCAUAUGAACGUUUAUCCACCAUCAAUGUCGGGAAUAACAAUAUGGCUGAUCUCAUUAGCGAAUUCAAGGCUCUGACGCUUCCACCGAUUUUUUAGCAAUACGGAUUCAGUCCCAUCCCAUGACAUUACUCAUCAAAUCAUUACCACGGGUCGGCCCAUUUUUUCGGCAGCACGUUGUCUCAACCCGGAGCGACUUAAAAUUGCCAAAACAGAAUUCGAAGUCAUGCUCAAUGCUGGCAUCUGCAGUCCAAGCAAAAGUGCAUGGACAAGUCCAUUACACAAUGUUCCCAAAAAAGAUGGGCGCUGGCGAUCUGCGGUGACUAUCGGCGUCUCAAUGCCAUUACAGUACCAGAUCGCUAUCCCUUGCCUCAUAUCCAUGACUUUACACAAAAGUUUGCUGGAUGCAAAAUUUUCUCGAUCACCGGAAGCAUCUUCACAUAGUUUUCGAGAGAUUAAGCGCUUACAAUUUGAAGAUUAAUCUCGCCAAAUGCACCCUCGGCCAGCCCGAAAUAAUUUUUCUCGGCCACAAGAUUACGGCAGAUGGCGUCGCGCCUCCUAAGGCCAAAACCGAGGCCAUUUGUCAGUUCAAAAAGCCGACAGUAGCUCAUGAGUUGCGCCGAUUCUUGGCACUCUUCAAUUAUUAUCGUCGUUUUUUGGCUAAUGCUGCUUACACGCGGGGUAAACUACAAUCUCUCAUUGUCGGAAAUACAAAAAAAGACAGAACGCCAUUGAUCUGAACUGAAGAGGCGUCCCAAGCGUUUGAACAAUGCAAGUCUGAUCUGGCUAAGGCCACACUGCUGGCACAUCCUUUGCCGAUUUCCCAACUGAUUUUAAAUGUUGAUGCCAGCAAUUUUUCGGUUGGUGCAGUUUUACAGCAGCGAGUGGGUAAUGAUUUACAACCCCUAAGUUUUUUUUUUUCAAACGAAUGUCUGAUACCCAAAAUAAAUACAGUACCUACGAUCGUGAAUUAUUGGCAAUCUACUUGGCUGUCAAGCAUAAUAAAUACAUGAUCGAGGGUCGUGAAUGCAUCAUUCUCACCGACUACAAGCCCAUUACGUUGACUUAAUUGGCCAAUAAUGCACAGACAUCCGGUACAUAUCGGGCAAAGAUAACGUUGUGGCAGACGUUCUAUCAAGAAUCGAAUCCAUUUCCAAAAGCGAAAUUGGCCAUCGUGAUAUCGCUCAGUUGCAAAGCAAUGAUGAGGAGCUGACAUCAUUGUUGAGUCCAGAUUCCAACACUCAUAUCAAGCUUCACAAAAUUACGAUUCAGGAUUCUGGGCCCUUACUCUGUAAUGCGAUGCGAAAAGCAAUGCGAUGGGAAAAUAAAUUGCGUUACGAAGGGUAGUCGGUACUCUGUAGCGCUAUCGCAUCGCUGAAAGUAUUGCUCUUUUUAUUAUUCACUUAUUUUUCGCUUUAGUAUGCAUCACUGACCGAAAUGUCAAAGAAAGCGACCAAAACAAACGAGCGAUUGGAAGUAAAGUACCUAUAUUUAAAUAAUAUAAAGUAAUGGAUUCUGUAGCUUUAUGGGACGAAUCAUCUGAGGAAAGGAUUUAUCGGAGAUUUAUAAGAGAUAACUCCAACGUUAUGAGUCUCAGCGAUCAAAGGUAAGUUAAACUUCAAAGAAUUACUCAUGCUUUAUUCAUCAGUUUGUUCUAUUCAUCAGUUUUGUGCAGAAUUUUCGGCUUAGUAAGGAAGCCUUUAUGUAUGUAUGAAAUCUCCAACGAGAGCAACGGCUAUCCCUGACAUCAUAAAAGUUGCAACAACCCUAAAGUUUCUUGCUCAGGGUGCGUAUCAGCAUUUAAUUGGCCAAGACCAUCGCGCGGGGCUAGCACAGCAAACCGUUUCCAGUUGCCUUUGGGAAGUUUGCAGUGCAAUUGAAAAGGUAUUGUGUCCAAAACAUAUCGUUUUUUCGAUGAGCAGUGAAGAGAAACAGGAUGCCAACCGUAGCUUUUACGAAACAUGCGGAAUUCCGGGUGUGGUAGGAGCAGUGGAUGGAACGCACAUCCAAAUGAUAAGGCCAUCAAAUGACGAGCAUUUAUUUUUUAACCGAAAGCUUAAGCACAGCAUAAAUGCAAUGGUGAUAUGUGAUCACAAAAUGCAAAUUAGAGCCGUGAAUGGUAGAUUUGGAGGUGCAUCGCAUGAUUCGCACAUAUGGAACUUGUCCGGUGAGCGCGAAUAUUUAAAAACUGCCUAUGAAAACGGUGACUCUGGCCAACGAAUUCUUGGUGACUCAGGAUAUCCGUUGGAACCAUGGCUUCUUACUCCAUACAGGAAUUCUACGGAGGAUUCAGACGAACAUUUUUUUAAUCAAAAACAUUCAAAGGGAAGGUCGUUAAUUGAGAGAGUUUUUGGCGUUUUGAAAGGCCGAUUUCGUUGCCUUCUAGCUUCAAGGGAGUUGCACUAUGCUCCAGAAAUGGUUGUGCAAAUACUAAAUGUUUGUUGUGCUCUGCAUAAUAUAUGUAUAAUGUUCAAAGUUCAUCCUCCCAGUUUAGAAAUCGAACCGGAACAAGUGAACAUGGUAAAUAUAGAAAAUGUAGAAAAUCUGAGUUUUGGAAAUAUAGCUAGACGUGUAAGAGACCAAAUAAAAAAUGAUAUGAUUGCCACUCGAAAUUCUGUAUGAAAAAUUUGUUUAAAUGAAAUCGUUUUUUAGUAAAUAUGAAUUCAGUCUUUUAUUUAUGUUAGGUCUACAAAGUGUGUACAUAGGUAUAUUAAAACUAAUAGUAAUAGUGUGCAAAUUACAUACAAUGUAUACAUUUUUUAAGCUAUAAUACUUCGGUAAGGCACUGUGGAUGGACAGGUACAUCAAAACUAAGUCACACUUGUGUGUGUAGGCACAUACGUACAUAAGUAAAAAAUUAAAAGAAAAUUCCAUGUUUCUCUAAACAAAAUAAAAAUAAAAAUUAAUUCACUUGUAUGUGCAGGU